AUGUCAAAUAGCGCAGAACAGCGUUUAGCACAACGUGUUCUUGAGCAACUCCGUAGAGAUCCCGGAAAUCAAAUGAGUUCAGGAGAUCUAUAUGCAGCUCUUGGAGGUCAGAAGGUCUUGAGAUACACUGAGAACGAGUUCAGAGCAUUCCUCAGAACCCAUUGCUCUUUCGCUGAAGAACAAGAAAGUGGAGGAGACGAAAAUAAAUCGCCCAAAUAUGCUUUACAUGACACUUUACGACGAAAACGUACCAAAAUUAUUAGCAAAGGACAACCUAUUAAUACUCACACCCCCGCAGGAAGUUCUUUCGACGUCAAAACUGAUGGUUACAAAUCUCUUCUACAUGCAGCUAAGAAGCUUGCCGACUAUUCCGGAGAAGGAACUGUUGUAUGGAAUGAGCUUAGAAAAUACUACAGAAAAGACACUGGACGACAUCUUAAUGUUGAAGAGCUUAACUUGAUGAUUGGAACUUCUAACAUGACCAAAUGCCAAAUUCUUUCAACUAUGUUCAACGGCAUUUUCGAGCCAUUGGACAGCAAAGCUCUUACCAUUAAAAUGGACACUUCUAAACCAUACUCUGAGCUUUUGAAAAUGAGAAACUCAUCCAAAUCUUCAAACACUUCCAGCUCAUCUUCAUGUGCUCAUAAGAAGUGUGAAUCAUUGAGAGCUUCUGCUGGAGAUACUUUUGUCCCCAUGAAAUCUGUGAAGACUGAAUCAGCUAGCUCUGAAGGUAACUACGACAGUGCUCGCAAGAGCACAACAGUAGACACUGUCUCUGUUCCAGCCACAUCCGUCAGCGUUAAGAGAGAGCCUGAAGUUGGAGAUGACGAAGUCUUCGCCACGGAAGAGAUGAACAUCCUGAAUACUCAAACGCAUUUCGAAAAUGAUGAAGAAACUGUUCACAAGUUUGCUGAAAGUUUGAUUCAACACAGAAAUUCUCUUCCUGAUGAGUUCGGGGAUGAAAUUUAUGGAACUAAGAUUUCCGGAGAAAACUUACUGAAAGUUGAGGAGAUUGAGCCCGAUUUGUCUGCUGUCAAAUCUGAGCUUGAGUUGACUGGAUUGACCAAUGAGCAGUCUUCUAGUAGCAAUGGAAUGAACGCUGCAUUCCUUGCUGAUGAUUCUAUCCGUACUUCUUUCUGUACUCCUAUGGAUGGUUCUUUCGAAACCAGUGGGGAACGUGGUUAUCUCAGCUGUUCAGAACAGCUCAGUGACGCUGCUGCCGAUGUAUCUUUGAAUAUUUCUACUACUGAAAGUGUUGAUCCUCCCACUCCUCGCAGAACCCACGAAAUCACUCUCUGCUCAAGUCGUAAUGGGAUCGCAACUGUUUUGCCUCAGCCUGAUAUCAGUCCUCUGUGCUCUGCCAACCACCUCUUGGAUUCUCCCUCUAUGUUCGCAGAGAAUGAACAUUCCAACUCAGUCACACCAGAAUCAGCUGUCGAAGAGCCUGUUCCUUUGCCAAGAAAGAUCGUCUCAGCUCCAUUGGAUUCUUCCAAUGAGUCCAUUGAGGCUGAAGUCGUAAAGAAAGAGAUUCUCGACGACAUUGUUGAUUCAAAAGAUAUUCAGCAAGAGGUACAAUCUGAAAGUUUUGUCGAAGACCCCGCUCCAACUGAGAGAUCUACCAUCGAAAAAACUGAGGAAGUUUCAACUCAAAUCUGCGAACCUGUUCUCGUUGAUUCUGAGAAGGUAACACAGAACUUCGCUGUCGCUGCCAGCGAGAUCUCUGACCCUGUAGUUGUUGAGUCUUCCGUUGUAUCUGAACGACUUGUCGAAAGCGUUGCUGAACUUGAGCCAGCUGUUGAAGAACCAGUUGAUGUUUCCGUUAAAAUCGAGGAAGAAGUUACUGAACCCAAAGUCGAUAUCGUCGAGAAACUUCAAGAUUCUCUUCCUGAAUCGGAAGAUGUUCCUGCCGAAGCUGUAGUGGCCGAGGUUGUCCAGGUUCCCGAGCCUGUUGUACCUGAAGCAGUAGAAGUUGUUGACCCAGUCAUCAUCGCAGCUUCACCAGCUAAGCCUGCCAGAAGUAUUCCUUCCAUCACAAUCCAACUAGAAGAGGAAACUGAAAAACUUCUUCUUCAAACUAAGGAGAUGAACGCUAUCACUAGCGACAUUGCAUUUGGUCAAACUGAAGAAGAAGCAUCUCAGGAAGUCGAAGAGAAAUCUGUUGAAGUUGUCUUCGAGAAAUCCGAAGAGAAUGAUGUUGCUGUUCAAUCUGAAGCAGUUACCGAGGAGCUCGAUGACAACAUCCCAUCUUCAACCAGUAAUAAGGCUGAAGAAGCUCAAAAGCCAGAACAAGACGUCCACAGCGAAACUUUCGUUGAAGAAAUUUCUAUUUUGAUCGACCAAAAUCCUAAAGACAUUGAAGCUAGCUGCACUUUCAUUGAGGAUGAACCUAUUUCUGAGACAUCUGUUUCGCCUGCCGACGUGGAUGGAGUUUUUGAGAAUCCUGAAGCCCUACAAGAAUCGGACGACGAUAUGUCUUUGUUGACUCAGAAGUCGGAAAGUACUAUCACUGUCAUUCAACAGCCACUGACCUCCAAUAACACACAAGUUGGACCAGAACAGGAAGGAUCUGAUUCUGAUAGCAUUCCAUAUGAUAACGAUGAGAGCAGCAACUCAUCUUCUCCUGCCAAGACCGUCACCGUUGAAGUUGAAUUGAACUCCUCAUCUGCUGCUCAAAUUCCGUCCUCCAGCGUGAUCUCUGAAGAAGACGUUCAGAAGUCUGCUGAGGUUGCCCUCAAGAGAGAAAUUCCUGAGUGUAUUCCUGAAGACGAAAUGAAGUCUCCCAUCGACGACGAGCCAUCCAGAGAUCCUUCAAUAGUAUCGGAACAAGUUGCUACCACAACUGAGGACCAAGACACUAACCCAGAUAAUAUACAAUGCCUGUCUCCUGAAGCCGAAAUGCCAGAGGAAGGAGUCCUUGUGCAGAAGCCUGAUGUAAAUGAGAAGGACUCUCGACGAAAGAACAAGAAGAGAGCCCGAAUGGUUGCACCUAGACGUCGUAUUUUCAAUUGCUGCACAGUUCUAUAA